ACUUACAGAAACUCUUGCGCGUGUGGCCUGCAGUUCUUCGGACAGCGGUCAGAUCAUCAGAAACUCUCACCAUGGGAAACUGCCAACCAACCGUUGUUCCUUAUGAAGACUUUGAUGUUGUUGCUGACAUAAAGGCCAUUCGCAAAGCCUGCAAAGGUUUAGGAACUGAUGAGCAAGCCAUCAUAGACAUCCUAGCCAAUCGAAGUGCAGCUCAGAGACUGGAGAUCAAGCAAGCAUACUUUGACAAAUAUGAUGAUGAACUGGUGGAGGUUUUGAAGAGUGAGCUGACUGGUAGUUUUGAGAAUGCCAUUAUUGCCAUGUUGGAUCCUCCUCACGUGUUUGCAGUUAAAGAGCUCAGGAAGGCCAUGAAGGGCGCUGGCACAGACGAGGAUAUCCUGGUGGAGAUUCUGUGCACUUCUACCAAUGCUGAGAUUGCCACUUACAAAGAAACCUACACCCAUGUGCAUGACAGGGAUUUGGAGGCAGACAUUGAAGCAGACACCAGUGGGGAUGUUAGGAGACUGCUAACAUUGCUUCUCGAGGGCAACAGAGACGAGAGCUACGAGGUGGAUGAAGCACUGGCAGAGCAAGAUGCCGUCUCACUGUUUGAAGCUGGAGAGGACUGCUUUGGCACAGAUGAGUCAACUUUCAGCUUCAUUCUGGCCACCAGGAACUACUUACAACUGCAGGUCACAUUCAAAGCUUAUGAAGCCAUUUCUGGAACAGAGAUUUUGGAUGCAAUCGAUAAGGAAAUCUCUGGAACUCUGAAGGACUGCUACACUGCACUCGUGAGGUGUGCUAAGAACCCUCAGCUAUACUUUGCCCGGAAGCUGAAUGCCGCUAUGAAAGGUGCCGGAACUGACGAAGACACUCUCAUCCGCAACAUUGUGUGUCGCUCAGAGAUCGAUCUGGAGACCAUUAAAGACAUGUACCUGGAGAAAUAUGAUGUGUCUCUAAAAGACGCCAUCAGUUCGGAAUGCGGCGGAGAUUUCAAGCGCCUCUUGCUGGCCAUCCUUCACUAAAAGAAACACAAUCCGAGUGUUUACCAUGGACCAAGGAGGUUUUCACUACAGUCACAAUCAAGGCAAACUAGCACGACUCAUUUUCUGUCCUGUUAUCUAUAAAUAUGUUUUAUAAAGCUUAGUUUAAAGUGGAGAAUUAGUAACACAGGCUUCAAGUACAAUAUGUUUAAUAUGAAUGUUUUAUUACACUGUGCAAAUAUGUAUUUCGUAGAUGCAUAACACCACUCAAAAGUCAUUUGUGUCCAGUUUCUGUGACAUUCCUCAUUCUUGAGGCAUAAUUGGCCAGUUGAAUUUGUUUAAGUGGAGUCUUGUGGUUUCCAGGCGUAUAAGAUAACAUUGUUACAUUAUGAGGAUUAGAAGUUGAGAAGUU